AUGUCCCGGAGGCUUAAGUUGCAGUUGGGCGGGGACGUGGAUAUGGAAGAGCAGGCGUUCCCCAACCCCUUCCCGGACGUGCCGGCCGAGGAGCCGCCAUGUGCUCGCCCCCAGCUCACUCGUGAUGAGCUCGGCCUCCCCUUCCACAGCGAUGGGAAGAUUAUUAAUAAUUUCACAAGGCGGAUCCAGACCAAAAUUAAAGAUCUUCUACAGCAAAUGGAAGAAGGGCUGAAGACAGCGGAUCCACACGAUUGCUCUGCUUAUACUGGUUGGACAGGCAUAGCCCUUUUGUACCUGCAGUUGUACCGGGUCACAUGUGACCAGACCUAUCUGCUCAGAUCCCUGGAUUACGUAAAGAGAACACUUCGGAAUCUGAAUGGCCGGAGGGUCACUUUUCUCUGUGGAGAUGCUGCGCCCUUGGCCAUCGGAGCUGUGGUAUAUCAUAAACUCAAAAGUGAUUGCGAGUCCCAGGAAUGCAUCACAAAACUUUUGCAACUCCAGAGAGCCAUCUUCUGCCGAGAUUCAGACCUUCCCGACGAGCUGCUUCAGGGCCGGGCAGGCUAUCUGUAUGCCUUACUCUACGUGAGCACGGAGAUGGGGCCGGGCGCCGUGUGUGGGUCAGCUGUCAAAGAGGUAGUCGAUGCUAUUAUUGAAUCGGGCAAGGCUUUGUCAAGGGAAGAAAAGAAGGCCGAGCGCUGUCCCCUGUUGUAUCAGUGGCACAGGAAGCAGUAUGUUGGAGCAGCCCAUGGCAUGGCCGGAAUCUACUACAUGUUAAUGCAGCCGGCAGCAAAAGUGGACCAAGAAACCUUGACAGAAAUGGUGAAACCUAGUAUUGACUAUAUGCGCCACAAAAGAGUCCGAUCUGGGAAUUAUCCGUCAUCCCUAAGCAAUGAGACAGACCGACUGGUGCACUGGUGUCACGGGGCCCCCGGUGUCAUCCACAUGCUCAUGCAGGUGUACAAGGUUUUUAAGGAGGAGAAGUACUUGAAGGAUGCCAUGGAGUGCAGCGAUGUGAUUUGGCAGUGAGGUUUGCUGUGGAAGGGCUAUGGGAUCUGCCAUGGGACCGCUGGGAACGGCUACUCUUUCCUUUCCCUUUACCACCUCACACGGGAUAAAAAGUACCUCUACCGCGCUUGCAAGUUUGCAGAAUGGUGCCUAGAAUAUGGAACUCAUGGUUGCCGCAUUCCUGACAGACCCUAUUCUCUCUUUGAAGGCCCCUAG